ACGUUAAACGCCAUCACUCCCCGGGAACGCCUCCGUCGUGCGGCCCCGCCAAACGCCGCUUAACGAUCUAAAGUCCUUCACCGCCCGUCAAAUCUCAGACUCUGGUUUUCCAGUUAAAAAAAAUCCACCCAAAUUCUCUCUGUCUGCUAUUGGCCGGAAUCUAUUCCCCGAUCGGCUGCAAGUUGCAAUCGCCAACCGGCGAAGAAACAACUUUGGAUCAGUGAUGUCUUCGCUUCAACAGCUGGCGAAGUUCCGUGCUCCGUCGCAGCUGAGGAUGGGAGGCCAGCUGGGAAGGUGUCCGUCGUGCUCAUUCAGCCCUCCCGGGGCAGUCCGUGCUUCCGAUCUUGGCCGGAGCACGACCGAGAAGGCAAUUUCCCCUAAGCUGACGUGCAGCGCCGCCGCCGAGAAAAGCGGCAGUUUUGCAUUCACCCGUGUCGUCGACACGGAGGGAGCAGCACGGGGUCCCGGGACUGGACCAGUGCGAGCUCAACAGAUGGCCACCGGUGACGCAUCCGACCCCCGUAUUGCUGGGAUCGCUAAGUCGAUUCGGGUCAUCCCAGAUUUCCCAAAACCCGGGAUCUUGUUUCAAGAUAUUACGACAUUGCUUCUUCAUACCAAGGCUUUCAGGGACACCAUUGAUCUGUUUGUUGAAAGGUACCAGGGGAAAGGCAUCUCUGUUGUUGCGGGUGUUGAGGCAAGAGGUUUCAUCUUUGGUCCACCCAUUGCAUUGGCUAUUGGUGCAAAAUUCGUUCCCAUGAGAAAACCUAAUAAGUUGCCCGGACCGGUAAUUGCAGAGGAGUACUCUCUGGAGUAUGGAACAGACAAAAUGGAAAUGCAUGAAGGUGCUGUUGAGGCAGGGGAGAAGGUCCUUGUAAUAGACGAUCUCAUUGCUACUGGGGGGACAUUGGGUGCUGCAAUCAGACUACUUGGGCGAGUUGGGGCGCAUGUGGUUGAAUGUGCUUGUGUUAUUGAAUUGCCAGAGCUAAAGGGUCGGGAUCGAUUGGGAGAUACACCACUUUUCGUUCUCGUUAGCUCAGCUUGAUUGAAGUUCAUGGCAUUGGUUGCUUCAGCUGCUUGCUCCAGAACGGCAUCUCCAGUUUGCGAAGGAUGAUAAUAAAGGGGUUUAUCUUCUAUUAAGAGGCUUUGGUAUUGAAGGCAAUGGAUUGUUAAAGGGUUUGGCUGAUUUAUAAACAUCUAUGUCGAUGUCUGGUAGGAGUCCGUGUAUGGGAAAAAUUGAGUAUAACCGCUUUAACUUGGAGUCCAGAAACAAGUGAGGUUGAUUCAUGGAAGUUGUAAAAUCGUUGAUUAAUGCAAACAGUUCUGCUAAGCUACUCUGAUUUUCCUUCAGCUGGAAAUUUAAGGCCAUCGAGUAUAAUCUAGUUUU